AUGGCCGCCAACACUCCGUACGUAACGCUCAACGAUGGGAACAAAAUGCCGCAGGUCGGUUUUGGACUGUGGAAGGUCGACAACGCCACCUGUGCGGAUACCGUAUACAACGCCAUCAAGACUGGCUACCGACUGUUCGACGGAGCAUGUGACUACGGCAACGAGAAGGAAGCUGGAGAAGGUGUUGCACGUGCCAUCAAGGAGGGCCUUGUGAAACGUGAGGAUUUGUUCAUUGUCUCCAAGCUAUGGCAGUCUUUCCACGACUACGAUAAGGUUGAGCCCAUUACCAGGAAGCAGCUUGCUGACUGGGGGAUUGACUACUUUGACCUGUGGGUCAUUCACUUCCCUGUAGCCCUCAAGUAUGUCGCUCCUGAGACUCGUUACCCUCCUGGCUGGUACUACGAUGAUGCCUCGACCAAGAUCGAGCACAGCAACGCAAGGCUUGAGGACACUUGGAGAGCGAUGGAAGACGUGCAGAAGAAGGGUCUCGCAAAGAGCAUUGGUGUCUCAAACUACAAUGGUGCACUGUUGCUCGACAUGUUCACAUAUGCGAAGGUCAAGCCCGCGACACUUCAGAUCGAGCACCACCCCUACUACGUCCAGCCCAACCUGCUCAAGCUCGCUGAGCAGUAUGGCAUCGCCGUCACCGCAUACUCGUCGUUUGGGCCUCAGUCAUUCCUUGAGUGCGAUAUGAAAGUCGCUGCAGACACACCUCUACUGUUUGAUCACCCAGUUAUCACAAAUAUCGCAGAAGCACAUGGCAAGACGCCAGCACAGGUACUCCUGCGUUGGUCGACACAGCGUGGCUUGUCCGUCAUUCCCAAGAGUAAUUCCCAGCACCGUCUGCAGCAGAACUUGGAUGUGACAAGCUUCGACUUGAAGUCAGACGAGAUCCAGCAGAUCUCAGAUCUGGAUAAGAACUUAAAGUUCAACGUACCCACGAACUAUGGCAUCCCCUGCUACGUCUUUGCUUGA